GCAGCCACAGUUUAUUAUGCCCAACACAAAGGUCUUCCCAGAGACCAAAUAAACAACAUUAUCCACUAAAUGAUUGUCUUCAUUUUUUGCAGAGCACAUGCAGAGAAAAUCAUUUUGAAACGUACUUCAAAUCUGGCUUUGCGGCUAGACGAACGGCAAUAAACAGAGAUAAGGAAAGAUAAGGAAAAUAUAUUAUUCGAUUAUCAAUUCUGUGGGUUGAGUCGCAUGUUUAAAGAGAGCCACGGUGGUCCAUGUACGAGGGGAAAUUGAAAGGUAAACAAUAGGCACACUGCGAAGUUGAACUGCACGAAAUCUUAAAGCUGUUAACAGAAUCCCUUAUUGAGAGGAUUGUAUAACAAGGAUUUUGUGAAGAUAGCUUUCUUGGUACUCACGUAAUUUACACGAUAACUGAAUAGCUUAUUACCUCUUAAAUACAGCUGUUGUGGAAGAAUUAGAAUGGAGAGACAAGAAGCUUAUAAUUGAGAACACGCGCGAGUGUUUUAUUUCACUGCUUAUUGUAGAAGAAACCUGUUUACCCUUGAAGCACGAUUGUGAAUCUGUUAAAGACAUUCUCCAAAAUGUUUGAUUGAAAACAAGCAAAGGAAACGAUAUAAAACUCAAGUCCACACACAGCUCAGCAUACCAAGAAAGACUUCCCUUCGAAACCUUUACCCAGCUGCUAUCAAAUUUUUACAGGAAAUUGUUAGAGAUUUGGAAAUAUCUAGAGAUUAAAAAAAGAAGCAGAGUUAUUCAUCUUCAAAACUGCAGCAAGACGGUGAACAAAGCAAAUAUGACGUAAAAGAGAACGAAAGCUACGUGGCAUAACUUUAAUUUUGAGAACAAACUCAAUUAAUCACCACCUACACGCAAGAUUAGCAAGCAUUAAAUUCUGAUUCUUAGCAGGUGGGAACAAAAUAAAUUUAAAUCAACAUCGGGCAAGAGAAAUUUGCCAAAAUAUUUCAAACACUGAAUUACGAGUAGUUUAUUGAGACAUUUGCACCGCACCUUGAGAGGGUAAUCAAUAAAUCAAGAGUCUGCAGAGAGCAACAGUCUGUUCAGACAGUCAACAAAGACUUCAGUAACGGAAAAAACUCGAAACGUUUCUAAUAUUAGGGACUCAAUAGGAACUGGCAAACCUGCCUUCAUUCCAAGCCAUAUAAAGAAACCUGAACUAAAAAAUAGGAGGAUCGCAUAAAAAGACUUCGAUAAAGUAAGAUUCUGAGACUGAACCAAUUCAGUAAGUUUCGCGAGAAAGUUUGAGAAAUAGGUUGAAUGAUAUAACAGGAAUACAGGAUCGGAAAAGAGUAAUUACAAGAAGGAAUCGUAAAGCAUUAAACACAAAACUGGGCAUCAACUUAUCAAAGUAAACAGUCCUUUUACAAAGGAACUUCAUUGCAAGAAAAUCUCCCAAAAAAUGGCUAACGGUUCGCUACCAAACAACACAGACACAGCCCUCGUGCCAGAGCCCUAUGCAUCGAUGGUAAUCCGGCUCACAUUAUACGCUGUCGUCUUCAUCUUAACCGUGAUUGGCAACAUCGUGGUGAUUAUGGUGAUUAUGAAAAAUCGUAAACUCCGAAGCAUUGAGACGAAUUAUUACGGCUACUAUUUACUAAACCUUGCCAUUGCCGACCUUAGCGUAGCUCUUCUGGUCAUCCCUUUUACCGUAGUUUAUAACGAGUCCGGUGAUUGGCCAUUUAGUGCAUUUCUAUGCAAAGUAAUCCCCACGCUACUGGUGGCUAGUCUAUGUGCAUCAAUAUUGACACUCCUAGUGCUGACAUGCGAACGGUACUGGUCGAUCUGUUAUCCGUUUAAACAAAGUUUGACGAGAAACAAACUAUUGGUAAUACUAGGCCUCGUUUGGUUCCUAAGCUUCGCCGCGGCGUCGCCAGAGUUGGUCGUGUACGAACUCAAUACGGAGCACGUCUCCGGGGCACAGAUACAAGAAAAAUACCCGUGUGCCGAGCAGUGGUCAAGCAACAAACAAAGACAGGCCUAUACUGCAUUCUUGUUCAUAUUCUCGUACCUUCUCCCGUUAGUUGUUAUCUUAGCAGCUUACUUGAGGAUCGUUUACGAACUUCAAACUUCCAAGGCCGAAUGCUUCGGACCAAAUGACGAAGACCACAUAAAAAAGACCGUUAGGGUCUUAAUCAUCGUCGUAGCGAGCUUCGCCUUAUGUUACCUACCCGAGAAAGUACUCUUCAUUUGGAUAGAUUACGGAAACGGUGGCUACUAUCCUUAUAUUGACAUUCUCAUGAAGUAUUCCUACUUUUUUCAGUGGUUUAAUUCCUGUCUCAAUCCGAUCAUUUACGGCGCGGUCGAUAUAAAUUUCCGGAAUUUUUAUGCGUCGUUGUUACGGCACUGUUCUGGAUUCAAGACAUACAGCAGUGAAAUUAAGAGGAGAUUAAGUGUCGUGAAAAUAUCCAAACAUGGUGAGUGACAUGUUAUGAUUUGUGUGUGUGCUGGUGUUAUGUACUCAGGUGAAUAUGAUGUUUGUGAUGUUACUGUGAGUCAAGGGUGGGUUGUAGCGAAGUAGUUGUAGUUCGCUACUGUAGCGAACUACAAUUUUCAAGUAGCC